CUCGAACUUGACUCUAUAAUAAUCGAACUGAAUUCAAAUUUUAUUCGAAUCAAACCUAAACAACUUACGAGUACUAAUGUAUCAUUUACACGUCUACUUGUAGCCACCGAGAGAGAAAAAAGAGGGGAGAAAGCUCCCGGCGACAGCGGUUUUGAUAGCGACUUUGAUAUGUGAACAAUGAAAUAUUGGAAUUGUCUUCAUUGACCGAUUAACGCGGUUUGCUUUUCACCUUACUUACGAAGAAAAGUCUACACCUUUAGCACUCUACAGUUAGUAGAAAUGAAGCGACUUGACUUUAGAACAGGACGGUAUUUACUGAACCUUUUUGCAUUUGAUUGUAUAUUUCAAUCUCCUGCUUAAAAGAUAAGUUCAAACAAAAGUACCUAUUGCACUGACCCUUCUCUCUCACACGCUCACCAUGACUUCCAUGUCUACUGUUCUCUUACUCAUAAGUUUUCUAUGUUUAGCCAAAAGAGGAGUUCAACAAGAGCAAUCUAGCCAUAUAACACCAGGCUCUACCAUUUUCCCCAAUGCACAAGCCUCAUCAUGGCCUUCCCUUUCUGGUCGGUUUGCAUUUGGUUUUUACCGGCUAGAUAAUGGCUUUAGGGUCGGGAUUUGGUUAUUUGCUAAAAGGCAAAAAAUGGUUGUAUGGACAGCAAAUCGUGAUGAUCCAGCACUACCAUUGACUUCGAGAGCAACUCUAAAAUUUACUGAGGAUGGAAAGCUUGUUUUGACAAGUGAGCAAGGGGAGAAGAGACUUAUUGCUAAUGUAACUGCCUCCUCUGCAUCCAUGCUAGAUUCAGGCAAUUUCGUGCUCUACGACAAGAACAAGAGCAUAAUUUGGGAGAGUUUCCAGUAUCCGACCGAUACCAUUUUAGGAGGUCAGAAUUUGUAUCCCGGCAGUCGAUUGGUCUCUAGUGUAUCAGAAACAAACUACUCGACAGGAAGGUUUCGUCUCGAGAUGCAGGAAGAUGGAAACCUUGUUCUCUACCCGAUGUAUACGGACAAUACUAGAGCAAAUGCAUACUGGAGUUCUGAUACUUUUGGGACCAAUACCAAGUUUCACCUUUAUCUCAAUUCUACAGGUCUUCUACAGCUCAUCAAUGAAACUGAUUUGAGCACCUACCAUACACUUGGUGAAGCGUCUUUUAGUCCGGCUGCCUAUAGAAGUUGGCCUGGCUAUGACCCUUACCACUACUACAACAACCAAAACAAGAACGCCACAAACAGCACCAUUUAUCGUGCAACCCUUGAUGUGGAUGGAAUUUUCCGCUUAUAUUCUCAUAUAUACAAUGGAAGUGGUGAAAUCGACGUAUCGGCUGUGUGGUAUGCAUUGAAAGAUACAUGCGAUGUUAAAGGCUACUGUGGCUUCAAUAGCUAUUGCACAUACAAUGAUAACCAGCCUACCUGCCUUUGCCUUCCCGGUUCUGAUUUUGUGGAUCAAUUUCACAGAACUUUUGGCUGCAAGAGGAAUUAUACUGAAGCUGAGUGUAAAAGUGGUAAGGCUAAUGCACACCAUUUCAGCAUAGAGACCAUGGAGAAUAUAGUUUGGGAAGAUAUUUAUUACAGCAAAGGGCGAAUGUCAAUGGAAGAGUGUAGCAGAUCUUGUCUGGAGGACUGUAACUGUGAGGCAGCGUUGUUUAAGGAAGGGAUUUGCAUGAAACAAAAGCUUCCCCUAAUGUAUGGAAAAAGAGAUUUGCAAUCAGACGAGGAGAUCAUGGCUUUACUGAAGGUGGGGAAAAGACGCCCAGAAGAACAUGAGAUCCGACCUAUCCCACCACCAAAGCUACCGGUAUAUCAUAUCAAAAGCAAAAAAGUAGUGGUGGAAGUUCUUCUUUUGACGUUAAGUCUGGUUACAUUUUCCUGUGUUUUCCUUACAAUUUUUGGACUAUUUGUUUACAAGUUUCGAGUUCUAAGAUACAAAAGACUGUUAGAAGAUAGAAAUUGGGGCCUAACCAAGGAGCUUACUCUGCAAUUAUUUUCGUAUGAUGAGCUUCGAAAAGCAACAAACGGCUUUAAAGAAGAGUUGGGUAAAGGCUCAUUUGGAGCAGUCUACAAAGGGACCUUAUACAAAGGUAGGGAAACUGUUGCUGUUAAGAGACUUGAGAAGUUAGUGGAAGAAGGUGAAAGAGAAUUCCAGGCAGAAAUGCGAGCAAUUGGUAGAGCUCACCACAGGAAUUUAGUUCGGCUUUUGGGAUAUUGCGCUGAGGAUUCCAAUAGGCUGUUGGUCUAUGAAUACAUGGCUAAUGGCUCCCUUGCAAACCAACUUUUCAAGGCAACAAGGCGCCCAGAUUGGAAUGAACGAAUAAGAAUAGCCCUGGAUGUCGCAAGAGCAAUCCUCUAUUUACAUGAAGAAUGUGAGACCCCCAUCAUUCAUUGCGACAUAAAGCCUCAGAACAUAUUAAUGGAUGAUACGUGGACAGCUAAAAUUUCUGAUUUCGGGCUGGCAAAAUUGUUGAUGGGAGAUCAAACAAGGACCUUCACAGGAGCAAGGGGAACUAGAGGAUAUAUGGCACCAGAAUGGCAGAAAAACACUCCAAUAUCAGUGAAGGCUGAUAUUUACAGUUUUGGAAUAGUGCUAUUGGAAAUUGUAUGUUGCAGAAGGAACUUGGACACCACUGUAUCAAAAACGGAGGAGAUUAUUCUGUCUACUUGGGUCUAUAGAUGUUUUGUUGGAAAGGAGCUGGAUAAACUUGUUCUUGGAGAAGAAGUAGAUAAGCAAAACUUGGAAAGAAUGAUGAUGGUGGCACUUUGGUGUAUUCAAGAUGAACCAGCUCUCCGUCCUUCCAUAAAGAGUGUAGUGAUGAUGUUGGAGGGGAUGAUCGAUAUAUCUAUUCCUCCAUGUCCAACUGCUUCUAUUUCCUCCAUGUAGCUGGGCUAAGUCAAUAAUCAUCUCAUGGAAAUUGCAGCUGUACUAAAUGCAUAAGGAUUGCUUCAUGUAUUUUUCUUCUUUCUUUUCCCUGUCAACAUAAAUGCAAAAUGCAUAUCAUGUCCGUUUUUUAACUUCUCUAGUUAAUUGGUGGUGAAAACAUGGGUGGUGUAUUUUAUCAUUUUUUAUGAAGUAUAAAAUUACGAAGAAUUUAAAUCAAAUCAUUAAAAAAAAACAAUAAUCAAGAUCAUGAAGUUAAAAAGUUGAGGGUAGAGAUUUAUGCUCAAAAUUUUAUCAUUUUUGCAGUUGUUAUGCAUUUUGCUUCCUACUUUUGUGCAUGUGCAUUCUAACUUCCAACUGUUGCAUAGUCUCUAUGAAAUCAAUCUAAUAAGAGUUACA